CACAUGUUUACUGAUUUCUAUCAUGGGAACAGCCGAGUUUGUGCUCCAGCUAGAGCCGUGCCACUGGAGGAAAACAUCCCUCCCACCACUUUGGCAGAGAGCACAUUCUAAACUGUCCCACAUGCAACAAAACGGACAUUAAAGGAAGUAAAGUACUUGUUCUUAUUUUACUUGAUCAUCUAGAGUCAGAAGAAGUGACUUUAUCGGACAACAGAGGAUGGAUUGAUUUAUUUUCCAGCGCUUUUCUGUGCGUCUUUCAACCUGCUGCAGACGCUUCUGAACGCCAAAAGUUGCAAGAUGCUCAGCUUCCAUCACUGUUCAUUGUUCCCUGUGGUCGCAGCGGCUGUCCUGACAGCUGUUAAAGUUAGUGAAAGCCAGAAGAUUCCUCAAGACGAUUGGCCAUCACAAGUUUAUCCCACCGUCAAGUUUCAGGUCCUCAAUGUAGACCAUGUGUUUCUGAGGCAGGACAGUGAAGAACGUUCUGGGAACUCCAGCCUGAAGGCUCAGACUCAGACUUUCCUCAUCACUAGUCCAGGCGCCCUACAGCCAACAGUCAACGCCUCAUUUGGACCCCUAACUGUAGAUGCCCCUAUUCCUUCCGACCAACUCCGCAGUGGGCGCCGGAUCUUGCCGGUCAUACUGGGCCGCCAGGUUCGCUCUUCUUCCCCUGUUGUCAAGAUCCUCUUCCACAUGCCCGCAGAUGGUAACGUUACUACUGGGCAAGAAAGGAUGGGAUCAGGAGAAGAUACAGGGAGUAAAAGCGCUGGAGCCAAGGCAAAAGAUGGCGCUCACUGUGUCACGGCGUAUGCCUUCUGGGACACAAGGGAAGUCCGUGGGGCAUGCCUGGUGCCUCCAGGUGGAUUCUGUGUUGCCCAUCUUAAGCCAGAAUCUACUUGGUUCAGCUCAGGAAGCCGAUCAAGCAGCUCCAGCAGGGAAGCAGGAAGAAAUGAUGGAAUAAAGGGGCUUCAGGGGAACCUUGUGGAGGUUUACUUCCAGAGCAGGAGGGAUCAGACAGGUCAGUGUACACCGCAGGAUAGCCUGCAGCGUGUUGGAGUGGGAAGAGGAAGAGAUUCUGGGAGAUCAGGGACACCCAUGAGGCGGAUAGGGAGUGUCAGUCUUCUCAGAACUCCACCAGGGAAUCCCACCUUUCUUCGACUGAGGCUCGGAGGCGCUGUGGUCAUCCAGACCUCUUCCAAGCCCCUGAAGACCACAGAUGUUGCAACGUUCUAUGUCUUCCUGGCAAGCACAUCUGCCUUGGAAAGUUUCAGUCUCAGGGCGACAGUAAAAACAGGCCUGUCAUUCAGUGCAGCGCGACCCAGCGACUCGACGCUGUGGGACAUUGUUGUGGAGCCUGGCAGAGGAGCGACUCCCAACACUGUGUCUGUUGUCUGCCAGAGGAAGCUUGCUGUCACUGCAAAGAGGGGUCUCUUGGAGGUUUUGCAGCUGGACUUUGUCCCAAAAGAUGUCUCCGAGCAGAUUGAGAGUCAGACUAUCUCCUGGCGAUUGGAGAUGCCUGGUAACAUUAAGGAUGUUGGAACAAUGCGGAUCUACACGACCAGGAAAGACUAUGUGGGGCUGGCACCAAUAGUCAUGAGCUCUGAUAUCUUGAACACUGCCAUGCUGACGGGUAAGACAGUUUCUGUGCCUGUGAAAACGCUCGCUGUGGAGGCUGAUGGCUCAGUUACUGACGUUACCAACUUCACCAGCUGCAGGUCUGGAGAGGACGAUGUGCUCAAGGUGUCAGAACGAUGUGAUUACGUUUUUGUAAACGGGAAGGAGAAACAGGGGAGGAGUAAGCUGAUGCUCAAUUUCACUUACGGAUUCCUGAGUGCCCAGCUGGAGAUGAACGUUUGGGUGCCCCGCCUGCCCUUGCUCAUCGAUGUGGCUGACCCUGAGCUCAGCCAGAUUAAAGGCUGGAGGGUCCCUGUUACCACAGGAAACAGGAGGUCGACAUGGGACAGUGAGGAAGAGGAGGAGAUGAGGAAGGGCAGGGGUUGCAUGCUGCAGUACCAGCACUCUACACUCAGGGUGCUCACACACUUUAUUGCCCAGACUGAUAAUGAUGUGCUGCCUGACCAGCUAAGGGGGGCGGAGCCUGUUCAGUACUUCCUCAGUCCUGAUUGGAAGGUGGAUGUAACAAGUCUGGUUCGCAAUUCCCUAAAAGUGACAGAUCCUGAAGUAGCCAAGGUGCAGGAUGGGAUGGUACUGCAGGGGCGGGCUGUGGGCACCACUGCCGUACAGGUGGUGUCCCCUGUGUCGUCCGUGGUCCUGGCUGAGAGGAGCAUCAGGGUGGUGGAUGAUAAAGUGAGUGUGACAGAGCUGGGGGUGCAGUUGGUGUCUGGGCUCUCUCUGUCCCUGCAGCUCAGCCCAGGGAGCAACAGGGCUAUCGUUGCCACAGCAACUGCACGGGAGAUGAUCACGCAGCCAAAACAGGAAGCUGUGGUGAGCUGCUGGAUUCAGUUCAGUGAUGGUACAGUCGCCCCGCUGGAGCUGUUUGACCGCAGUAUCUACUCUCUGACAGUCUCUACCCCAGAUCAAGCGGUGGCCACGGUCCGUCGCACCCCAAAGUCCACAUUUGUAGUGGCACAAGGUGAGGGUGAAGGCCGAGGGGUGCUUGUUCGAGUGGAGCUGCGGAUCUGUGAGGAAUGUCAGAAGUCUAAGAGGAAGAGCAAGCUGGCUGUGGGCACGGGGCUCCUCAGGAUCAACUUCCAGAGUGGCAGAGUUGUAGGAACAGGUGGUUAUAGUGGCACUGAAAGAAAUAAAGCUUUUUAUGGUGGUGCAUCAGAAUUGGUAGGUGAGCUUAAAACAACACAGCGUGCUUUCACAGGUGUGGACAAAUUGUUUUUCAGAAGCACAGCACUUAUUCCGCAAGGGACCAACCUUGCAGAAACCACCACAUCAACCACAACUUCAACAAAAAAUCUGCCGCCACAUGUUGUGUGGAUUGGAACUACAACCAGAGCCACAAGAAGUAGCACAUUUGCUGUCAAUCCCCCAACUACAACUACGACCAGACCUAGUUUUAAUAUACCACAAAACACCCCCAGACCCAUAGUUCCAACAGUGGGUUUGGUCAAGAAAGGAGAAGGACAGAAGAAAAGCUUUGGAAACAUGCUUGAUAACCCCAAUUCACCCCCUAACAAAGACAUUCCCAAAGCAGACAGAACACCAAAUAGCGAACCUCCUAAACCGAAAAGUCCGAAAGUUAUUGAGAGCGACCUGAUAAGGACAUUCAAGGCCAUGACUGACUUGGAAAUUUGCUUGUAUGCUCUGGUGGGGGUCUCCUGUAUCGCUAUUUUGGCAUUUUUGAUCAACUGUGCUUCAUACAACCUCUGUUUCCGCAAUAACAAGACCCCUAUCCAGGCGGGUCCGAUACCCAUUGUGGUCCCCAAGGAUCACAAGCACGACUGGGUAUGGCUGGGAAGCAACAAUCAUGGCCCUCCCCAUGCUCCAGGUGCCCCAGUUCAAGUGUCUACAUUAAAACGUGAGCCCCAUCGUCCCCUGGAGCCGCGUCAUUCCGUAGACUCUGCCGGCCAUAACACCCUACCAGCCGUGAUCACCACCAAUGUCCCUGAAAGGACUGCCACCCUUGGCCGCAGUAGGUCCAGCUCUCAGCAGCAGUUUCAGAAAAAAGCAAUCGACCCCAUGGCGAACCGUUCGGCCACCUUGUUGGCCAGACCUCAUCGCUGUGAGCCGCUCCAUUCCCCCACCAGUAAGCGGAACCAGGUCCAGUUUACCACCUUCACCACUCUGGAUAUCAAGCACUUGGCAGCACUGAAGAAGAAUGGCGUGGACUUAAACUGGGCGAACCAACAGGCGCAGCAAGUUCAGAACCCUGCCGUGUCCCAGUCACCUUUGCCUGACAUGCCUUGGCCUGUUGUCAAACCUCUUGGAGAGCCUCAGUGAAUUUGUUGGGUUCGUCCAUGUGUUUGAAUGAGUAUUUUUUAAGAAGAGCGAAAAAGAGAGAAUCACAAAGAGAUAGAAAAAUAAGUGUACAUACAAAUCAUUUUAUGGUGUUGAAUGUCCAAAAGAGAGGUCUGUUUUUUAAUGAAAUAUAAAUUACUUGUAUUUAUUGAAAUAAAAUUAAGAUUUUUUUUUAUAUUACAGGAGUUUGUGCUCGGUGAGAGCUUGUAAAUACAUUAUGUUAUGCUGUACCCAUAAAGGAAACAUGCAAGCUAAAGCGUUAAUUCCUCUAUUAUUGAAGAUUCUUAUAUGUAAAUGGGUGUGCUUUCCAGAUGUGAAGUUGUAAAUAUACAUAUAUCUAUACCACAAUUUAUUUCUACAUUUCUAACUCUCAUUAUAAAUGCAUUUUUUCAUAACCUUUUACUUUUGCACUAUUCUGUUGCCCCUGUAGGAAUGGCUCCAGAUGUUUCUAGUUGUGAGGGUACAUGCAGUACAUGAGGGAUUAUUUCCUGUAAGUAAUUCUAUUCUUUUCCAGCCUUUUGUACUCUUUUCUAGGAUUCCUCCUGAGAUUACCUGAAGAGUCUGUGCAGUUUGUCAGAGAGUAUGCAACAUUUAUUAAGUUAUUUUAGGGCAAUCUGUCUCUGUAUUCUUCACCGGAUACUUAUUCAAAUCAAAUGCAUGCUAUGCAAAUAUAGUCUGUGCAAACGUAGGUCUGUGCAAGUGGACAUUGUUUUUGAAUUUUUUAACAAAGUUACCUUGGGCGUCUGGCUUCUCCUGGGGGGCCUGGUUCUACAAUUUGUAAAAAUGUCUGAUAUUCGUCUCUUGACGCAGGGUAAUACAUAUUCAGCUCUAAAAAACUGUCAUGCGUGAAUUGGAAAAGGAUGAUGCCUUCAGCUUUGUAACAUCCUCUUAUUUCUAAACCAAAAUGUCAUGUGUAUUCCCUGUGAGAUUCUACAAUAAACAACAAAUGGAUACAUUUGUUAUGGUUGCAA